AGCAAGAGGAGUCAAAGCGCUGGGCCGGGGGUUUCUAGAACAGAGCGCAAGGAGUGGGGCUGGCAGCGCGGCGGGGGGGAAGGGGAGUGACGUUUGUGCCGCGUGAAGGGUAAUUUUCCUAAGAGGGAGGCAGCUCGUGGCGUCUCCUUAAUGAAGGGGCGGGCGGCCUGUCAGGGAAUUAACCUAACAGAUGGGGGCUGAGUGGCUAUAAAGGGGGGCUGGCCCCCCAUGGACUCUCAGGGAGCGAGAUUGUACAGAGACGGGAGAAGAUCAGGGAAUGAGACAGGAGAAAGAGCCAGGCUGAGCCAGAGAAAGUGAAGGGCAAAGCCAAAGAGAGGGAAGGAAGAGGCCCAAGGCAGGAGAAGCAGAGAGGGCCGAGGAAAAAGGAGAGAAGGUGGAAGAGAAUAGGGAAGAGCCAAAGAAAGGAAGAGGGGAUGGAGGCAGGAGAGGAAGAAGCCUAGAGGAGAGGGCAGGGAGCCAGCCUCAUGGAAGGGGGGCCAGAGCGAGCCCACUUCUCUGGGAAGGAGGAGCGGAGGGCAGGACAGAGGGUCUGUGUGCCCGACUGUGGGGAAGGCUCCCAGGGUGCCAGGCCGGCGUGCGCUGGCUGCGGGGGGAAGAUCAGAGGCCCCUUCCUGCUCCGUGUGGCGCCCGACACAGAGUGGCACGUGGGCUGCCUCCGCUGCAGCUGCUGCCGGCUCAGCCUGGCCCACAGCCCCACCUGCUUCCUGCGCGACGGCAGCGUUUACUGCCGAGCCGACUAUCUCAGGCUCUUCUCCAUGAGAUGCGCCCGCUGCCAGGAGACCUUGCUGCCCUCUGACCUGGUGUUGCGGGCACGAGGGGCUGUAUAUCACCAGGCCUGCUUCCGCUGCUCCCGCUGCCAACGCCGGCUGCUGCCCGGCGAGCAGUUCGCUCUGUGGCAGGACGGGUUGUACUGCCCCAUGCACCAGUGGCCUGGGCAGGAAGGGGUGGGGCCGGAGAGGCCAGUAUCAGCAUGGACCAAGUGGCACCGGUCAGCGAUGGGCUCGAGCGUCCCCGGGGCCCAGGGCGGCUCAGGGAAGCUGGCCCGCGUCCGCACCGUCCUGAACGAGCGGCAGCUCCAGGCCCUGAGCGCCUGCUAUGCGGCCAACCCUCGCCCCGACGCCGGGCUGAAGGAGCAGCUGGUGCGGCUGACCGGCCUCAGCUCCCGCGUCAUCCGGGUCUGGUUCCAGAACAAGCGCUGCAAGGACAAGAAGCGGAACCUCAUGAGCCAGCGGCAGCUGCCACCCCUGAGCCUGCAGGGUGCCGUGGGGACCCGGAUGGUGGCCGCCAGCCCGCAGCCCCAGGACGAGGCGUAUGCGUGGAGCCCGGUGGAGGUUCAGAGGGGCAGGCCCUUGUGGCAGCUGGUGAGCUGCACUGAGGAGGCAGGUUUCUCCCAGCUGCUGCGGCUGAUGGACCCCGAGCAGCGCAGCUGGGUGGGCUCCGUUCUCCGCUAG